AUGUACACGGAAAAGGCCCCGGACCAGACGAGCAGCGCCUCAUCCGACAAUGGCGUCGGCUACAACAUGUCCGCCGCACGCGAGACGGGCUUGCUGGGAAAGCUGCGUGCAUUCGAGGCCCGCCUGGACGCCAAGCUGGGCAUCGAGUCCGAGGCCAUCAACAGAAAGCUGCCAGAGGAAAAGGGUCACGUGCCCUGGCACCACCAGCUAAGCAUGUUCUUCCUCUGGGCCUCGGGAACCAUGAAUACGUCAUGUUUUGCGACGGGGUUUUUGGGUCAUGAAUUCGGCUUGUCGCUCCGCCAGUCCAUUGUCAUCACCAUCUUUGCGUCGAUCCUGGGUGGCGCCGCGACUGGCUUUGCGGCGACGUUUGGAGCCCCCACGGGCCUGCGCCAGAUAUCCGUUUCGCGCUAUGCCUUUGGGUGGUGGCCGAACAAGGUCAUCGCUGCGCUCAACACCAUUGUGCAGAUUGGCUGGGCCGCCGUCGCAUGCAUCACGGGUGGCCUCGCUCUGACUGCCGUUGCAGAUGGCCACAUUUCACUCAUUGUCGGCAUCGUCAUCCUCGCCGUCGUGGCAACGCUCAUUUCCUUUAUUGGCCUACGCGCCAUCUUGGUCUACGAGCGCUAUGCAUGGUUCGUCUUCUUCAUCAUCUUCAUCAUCUUCUUCGCCGAAACCGCAAAGUACACGGAUAACAGCAGUGCGACGUCGGUGAAGGGCGCCGAUCUCAGCGGCCAAGUCCUCAGCUUGAUUGCCAUUGUAUACGGCAGCUCGGCCUCGUGGCAGACCAUGGCAUCCGAUUACUACGUCCACUACCCCGUCAAUGUCAACCGGUGGAAGGUCUUCCUCAUGACGACGUUUGGCAUUGCCAUUCCGACGUCCAUCGGCAUGCUCGCUGGCUGCGUCGUCUCCUUUGGCAUGAACAACCGCCCAGACUGGAAAGACGUCUAUGAAAACCAAGGCCUCGGUUUCCUCAUCCAGACCAUGCUGUACCCACGUGGUUUUGCCAAGCUCAUUCUCACGCUGCUCGUGCUCUCCGGCAUCAACGUCAACGUCAUUUCCAUUUACAGCGCCGCCAUAUCCUGCCAGCAGUUCUCCCGCCCGUUUGCGCGCGUCCCCCGCUUCAUCUGGGUCUUACUCUGCUUCGCCGCCAUCCUCGGCCUUGCCAUUGGCGGCAGAGAAAAGCUCAGCGUUUACCUGCAGAAUUUCCUGUCGCUGCUCGGAUACUGGUCCACACAGUACUUUAUCAUUCUCUUCAGCGAACACGUCAUUUUCCGCAAAAUGAACUUUGACAAUUACGACCUCGAUGCGUGGAACGAUCCCGCUCGUCUUCCCGUUGGCAUUGCGGCUGCUCUUGCCUUUUCAAUCGGCAUCGUUGCAUGGAUCAUGGGCAUGGUUGAAACUUGGUAUGUUGGUCCGCUCGGCAAGCUGAUUGGCUCGGGCGGUGGAGAUGUCGCGAAUGAAUUUACCCUUGUAGUCACGGGCUUGGUUUAUAUCCCCGCGCGCUUUGUCGAGAAGCGCAUCAUCGGACGGUAAGAUGGGCGAGUAAACGGGUUGUAGGGAGUUGAUUUAUGAUUACGUAGUGAAUUCGUGAUUGAUCAUUAUUACCAUCUUGAUAGGAGCAAGCGAGUGGGUGAAUACCAAUGCAAAAGUUGAAUAUAGAUUGGUAGGCAUAGUCACUGGCUUCGUGCAGAAUAGUAGUAU